AUGAAAACAAACAGAGAAAUUCUAGAGUGGUUGCACAGAUGUAAAUGUGGAAAAUUAGAACUGAAGAAACAUUUAAAUACUAUAGAGUAAAUAAAAGUAUAAAUCAUUUAAAAUUUGAUUAAAAGUUAGAUAUGAUGAUGAGUAAUCAAAAAGUAUAAACUUUGAAAUCUAUAUCGUCUUCCAAGUUGAAUCCAGAUUGUUAGACUGCUGAAUCCGUAGAUGAAGAUAAAAGAUAAUAUAGUCUCACAUAAAAAGGGAAUUAAUCUGAUGAUUAAGAUUACAGAUAUUUUAUUAGUAAAAAUAACUAUUACGAUACUCAUCAAAUUUAGAAUUAGCGAUCUAUUAAAAAACCAAUAUUAUAUGAUUUUUCUGGUAAACAAGAUUCUGAAUCUGUCGAUGAUAUAUUUAAAUUAUCCUUAACAGAUUAAUCGAUCUCUUAAUAAUAGUUUUUUUCUAAUAAUGAUUUUUAUGAAUCAAUAAAGUAAAAAUAAUAAUAUGGAACAAAUAAUAACAUUGAUAAGGUCUGUUACAAUACUUAAUAAAGUAUAAGAAAUUUUGAAGAUUAUUAAGAAAUUACUUUAAAAACAUCAUUAUGUUAAAUAGAUAAAAGAAUAUAAUAAAUUUAAAAAUAAGAGUUUUAAAAAAGUUGUCAAAAUGAAAACAAGACAUUUGAUUAAUAUUAUUAAGAAUAUGUAACAGAUGAAAUAUCAAAUAUAUAACAUGAAAUUUAAGAAAUGCAAAAGUAUAAAUAUUAAGCAAAUAUGUUUACAGAUUUUUGAAAAGAAUUUAAACAGCAAAAGACAAAUUAACUAGUAGCGUUUAAGAUUUGAGUUAUCAAAAUAGUUAAAAAUCAAUGUAAAAAUUGAAUUAAGAUUUGGACAUAAUCUAAACUUUAAGAAAUAACAUGCAAAAUUAAUUACAAAACAAUGUUGAUGGUGAUAAAUUACUUAGAUUAAGAUUUAUGAAACAAUAGAUAUAAGAAUGUUUUAAUGAUAUAGAAGAAGAGAUAAUAAAAUUAAGCAAAUGA